AUGAUGCCACGGCAUCACACAAGCGGCUUCUCGAAUGGAUAUCCGCGUGCCGACACCUUCGAGAUCUCCCCCCAUAGAUUCCAGCCAAGGGCCACGCUCCCUCCCCACAGGAAACGCAAGAGGACAGCGAUCCGCGUCGGGAUAGCACUCGUCGUCAUUUUCGUCCUCAUCCUCUGGUUCGGCCAGCCCAAGUCUGUCGCCUCCCUCAUCUCGCUCGGCAUCCUUUCCGGAUAUGAGGACCUGAAGCUGGAAACGGUCCGAUACUAUGACCUCUCCAACGUCCAGGGCAGCGCGCGCGGCUGGGAGCGUGAGGAGCGUAUCCUGCUCUGCGUCCCUCUCCGCGAUGCCGAGCAGCACUUGCCCAUGUUCUUCUCCCAUCUGAAGAACUUUACGUAUCCUCACAACCUGAUCGAUCUUGCGUUCCUCGUCUCCGACUCCAAGGACCACACGCUGCAAUCCCUGACGGAGCAUCUGGAGGCCAUCCAGGCCGAUCCGGACCCCAAGCAACCGUACGGAGAAAUCUCCAUCAUCGAGAAAGAUUUCGGCCAAAAGGUGAACCAGGACGUGGAAAGCCGCCACGGAUUCGCUGCUCAGGCGAGCCGCAGAAAGCUCAUGGCCCAGGCGCGCAAUUGGCUUCUCAGCGCCGCUCUGCGGCCGUACCAUUCUUGGGUAUACUGGCGUGAUGUGGACGUGGAAACCGCACCGUUUACCAUUUUGGAGGAUCUGAUGAGACACAACAAGGACGUCAUUGUCCCCAAUGUCUGGCGUCCCCUUCCUGAUUGGCUCGGCGGUGAGCAGCCCUACGAUCUGAACUCGUGGCAGGAAUCCGAAACCGCGCUCGCGCUGGCCGACACUCUGGACGAAGACGCCGUUAUUGUCGAAGGCUACGCCGAGUAUGCCACAUGGAGGCCGCAUCUUGCCUACCUGCGCGACCCCUACGGCGACCCUGAUAUGGAAAUGGAAAUCGACGGAGUCGGCGGUGUCAGUAUCUUGGCCAAGGCGAAAGUCUUCCGCGCUGGCGUUCAUUUCCCGGCGUUUAGCUUUGAGAAGCACGCUGAAACAGAGGGUUUCGGCAAGAUGGCGAAGCGUAUGAAAUUCUCUGUUGUUGGACUGCCGCAUUAUACUAUUUGGCAUUUGUAUGAACCUAGUGUUGACGAUAUCAAGCAUAUGGAGGAGUUUGGUGAUGCCAACUCGCAGUGGGAGCAGGACAAGCAGCAGAUGCAGGAUCUCAAAUUGCAGGAUCAGGGAAGCGAUAGAGAGGCUGUUGGAUUGAACCAGGGCGCAGCCGCAAAGGCCGCGGGGGCUAUAGAAGGGCAAAAGAACUAAGCAUGGCUUGAGGAU